UGGUCAAAAGAUGACACUACAUGUAUUAUUUUGACAUGAUUUUGACCAAUGACUAAAAAAUACUUGACAAAUUUCAAAUUGUCACCCUUUGUUUUGGUUUUUUAGAAUAAUAAAUAUUUGUUUAUACCAAAGAAGAAUUUAGAUUUGUUUGGAAAAUCUUGCAAUAAGAAACAAAUAUAGUUAAGUACAGUUUCAAGUUCCACUAAGACUUCAUCUGAUACAUUCUUUAAAAGCCACAAUGCCUAAAGCAAAAAUGAUUGCAAAAAUUUGCCCUGCUUGUAAGGCUCAGGUUCCUGUAGCUUGCAAGUCAUGUUCCUGUGGUCAUUUCUUUUACAAUGCUAGACGAAUAGCUCGCGAAUUUGCUAUAGAAGCAGACUAUUUGAGGAGGACCGCUAGAGUUAGGCGAGAGAAACCAAAUUAUUAUGAUGCAUUAGAAUAUGAUAAGCAUAUAAAAAAGCUGAAAAAACGAUUAAGCGAGUCCCGAAAUGACGAUGACGACGACGACGAUGAAGUAAUCGAAAAAAAGGAAUCGAAAUUGAGAAAGAAAAAGCAAAAAAAAGUUGAGGAGGAGGAUGAAGAUGAUCCAAUGUUAAAAUUAACUCCGGAUAUGGUUAGCCAUUGUAGUAUGAUUCUGGAGCACAUCAAUAGUAAAAUUCAACUGGUAACAUGGAAACCAAAGGACUAAACAAUGCAUGGUAUUUUUUUUGUAUAAGUUGCAAAUUUGGGUUUGUUGUUAGUUAUUAUAGUUCCUAAACUGUACACACAUAAAUAUACCUACAUAGUAGUAUUUUUUAAUUGAUCAAUUGUAUUAAAUUCUAAUAAUAACAGUGUAAAAUCUGUGUAUUUAAUUUAUGGAAUUUCUUUUGUUGUAUGGCAUAUGUUUUUUCAGGGUGGAUAAUAGGAUCUUUAUAAUACUAUAGAGUGCUUAAUUAUAUAUUUUGUCUAAUAUGUAUAAUUAUUCGUUAUCACUGUAUAAUUAAGAUUAUUUUUACCUAUGCUAUUGUGCUUAUUGUUGGUAAUAGAUUGUUUUAUUUAUUUAAAUAUUUUUAAUAAUCCACUUAAAUUAAUUUAGGCAUUGCAUAACUGCUAAUUAAAUUUUUAUAUACAAUAUAACAAAACCUUCACAGUAUAUUAGUAAUCAAAUAAGUUCAUUAUUGUUUUGCACAUAUUUCAGAAAUUCUGUGCUGGUUUGAUAAUGAUAUAUAUUUUCAAAGUGGGUGUUUAUAUAUAUAUAUUUUUUGGAAAUAUAAAUUUUAUUGGCUGAGGAAAA